ACUUCCUACUCUCAUCCCAAAUCUUAUCGACUGAAUAUUUGUCCACAAGCUCUCUGCUUUGAACAACAACUCAAUCAUUCUGCAACAAGGAAAUUCAAUGGAGGAAAGAAGGCCAAGAUGUUGUGUGCAGCUCAAAAUAGAUGUUGUUGGAGCAACAAAUAUUGCUCUUCAGCCUGCCUGCAAAGGUAGUUUGUUUGUUCGAUAUUAUCUGAACAAGAAGAUAGCAGUGAAUACGAAGGAGGUUGAGGCUUCCGCAGAGCCCCAUUGGGGAGAAACAUUCUGCUUAGAAUGUGGGGGCAAAGGAAUGGAUGAAAUGUUGUCUGCAUUGAUAACGGAGUCAGAGUCAGUUGUAUUUGAAGUGAGGUGGAGGAGAAGAAGAGAAAUAUUUAGAGGAUCAAAGAGCAAAUUGUUGGGACGGGUUGAAGUUUCGUGGGAGGAGUUAUUGUCAUCGCCCACUCUUUCUUUAAGCAAGUGGUUUCCAAUGGGGAAAGAGGGGGAACAUGAUGAUGAUGAUCAUCUGCUUGCUCCUGCUUUGCAGAUUGCUGCCUCUGUUACAAUUGCAGAAGAGAAAUAUGGACAGAAAAUUAGCAAAUGCAGCGAGGAAAGCAGAAAUGUGAGCAGGCGUUUAAGACGUUUGGAUCGGGAUGAGUGUGGGUGUGGGUGCAGGGGUGAAUACGAGGGAUAUAUUUUUGGUCAAGUUUAA